AAAAACCAGGGAAGUAUUUUCAGGUACAUGACAUCUGCAGGUAUCACAACCACCACACAUGAAAUAGCCCGUGGGCUAUUGGAAUAAAUUGUGGUUCAUUUAUCAGCACUGCAAGCAGCUGUAAUUAAUCAGUGUGUGUCACCAUCACACCAGAGCUCAGGCCUGCCCAAGCCAUCGCCUGUCCACCCUUCCCAGGACGUGUCCCUGCCUGCCAGGGCACUUCUGCCACUGAACCCCAAUUUCCAAAGUUAAAAGGCAGCUCACUCACUGCUCACUCACUGCCACACUGAGCAUCUCUAAUAACCUCAGGAUGAGUUAAACCUUCCACCAACCCUUUUGUGCCCUGCUGAUGCUGGUCCCUGCCCCAGCUGACACAAUAUCAGUAACUGGGUUCCACUGCAGGGCACAGAGCACCAGGAUUUCCCUGGAAACAGUGCUCAGUCACCCUGGAGUGUGCUCCCACAGGCCCCCAGGCCAACCAGUUCCCACUAGUGCCCAGGAGGGAUGUGCCAGAUGCCCCACUCCCACCCAGCACUCAUUGCACAUAUUUACUGCACCUACACCCAGGGGCAGAGUGGCAAUUACCUGGCAGCUGCCUCCCCUGGUCUGAUGAGCUGUUCAGAGAACAGACACCCCAGACACUGUGACCCACACAGAGGUACCUGGUACCUGCUGCCUUUGACAGCUGGGAACAGCAUCAAGAGCUCAGUUUGGAAGAAAACACAGAAGGCACUGCACUGGACAUCAGUCCUGGAGCAUUGCAGUGGCCUGUGUCACCUUCACACUGUCACUGAUGGGCAAACAGGAGGCGGGCUGGGCAGCCAGGGACAUAUCCCACUGAUGGCAGUGGCAAGGGUGAGCUUCAUCCCAGCCAUCCUCAAGGCUCUUCAACCUCCCAGCCAUUUAACACUGACACCAGCCCCCACAUUAGCCUAAGUGCAUCAGGUACUGAUGCACAACUCCCUGUCACAGCUGCAGCCCAAGCAUCUGGUGAAUCCAUCCAUGCCUGCCCCAAAGGGACAGCUUGACCAUGAGGCACUUCCCACACUGCAGCGAGCACAGAGCCAGAGCUGUCACAUCAGUGGGCAGGAACAGACUUGCACAAACAGCUCUGUUCACAGAGAAAUGCACCAAACUCCAGCAUUACACCUAACAAACACAUCAUCAAUCCACAGCCUUGCAUGCAGCAGUACCUCCUGCCAGGACCAGAAAGUGGCUGUAACCAGCACAGCACAUCAUCUGGCUACACAGACCAAAAUAAACCAGUUUUACUGGUUUAUUUACAGAGUACCCACUGUAAGGUGGCUCUGAGCAGACUCUGGUCACGCAUUAACAAUAACCAGUGCCAUCCAGAACAGCGAAUUCACACACACAAACAACAACUUGGAGCUACAUUUGAGGAUUAUCCUGGAAAACUGUCAGGAAAUACUCUGCGUUUGUUCAUCCCACAUCUCUAAAGGAGCCAAAUCAGAAUGCCCAGAGCAGGAGCAGCAGGUCUGUCCUGCAUACACACAAACCCAGAAAUGUGUCUGUCUCGAGGGAUGGGGUCACGCUUCCUUUACCAGUUUAGGAGAAGGCAGUGUGCUUUCUCAUGCAGAGCAAAGGGAAGAGAGAAAGCAUGAUUAACUAACUUGGUGACACAUGAAAAUGAGGAAGGAAACCACACACCACACCACCAGAAAAAGAUCUCUUCUUUCUACUCAUUUCCCCUUUUUUAAUACUUUGCUCAAGGCUUCUGUUGGCGGAGGAACAGCGGAUGAUCCGGGGACAGCCACGGAGGCCUCUGCAACAGCUGCUGCAGGUUUGCUCAGUCUUUUUGCAGCGAUGGGAGACCCUGCCAACACGAGCACUGUGGGUUACACCGGCGGAGCUCCCUCCUCCCCCCCGUGCCAGCGCGACACCAGCAUCACCCGCCUGCUCUUCCCAGCGCUGUACACGCUCAUCUUCCUCCUGGGACUCACGCUGAACAGCCUGGCUUGCUGGGCUUUCUGCCACAUUCCAAGCACGUCAACCUUCAUCGUCUACUUGAAAAAUAUCUUAGUUUCAGAUCUUAUAAUGACCCUGAUGCUUCCUCUGAAGAUCCUGACAGACUCCGGCCUGGGACCGUGGCAGCUCAAAGCCUUUGUCUGCCGCUUCUCAGCUGUCGUGUUCUAUGACACCAUGUACAUUAGCAUAGUGCUGCUCGGGCUCAUUGCUUUUGACAGAUUUCUCAAGAUUGUGAGACCUUUUGGGAAGUUCUGGGUGCAAAACCCGACCUCAGCAAAGAUCCUAACAGGUCUGGUCUGGCUCUUCUUCCUUGUUCUCUCUCUGCCCAACACAAUCUUAUCCAACAAGACAGCGACGCCCCAGUCUGUGAGGAAGUGUGCCUCCUUGAAGAGCCACCUCGGACUCAAGUGGCAUGAAGCCGUCAGCUAUAUCUGCCAGUUCAUCUUCUGGACUGUCCUCAUCCUCAUGUUGCUAUUUUAUAUGAUUAUCACCAAAAAGGUAUAUGAGUCAUACAUAAAAACACAGAAGAAAGACAACAAAAGGGAAAAACGGAUCAAGGGGAAAGUAUUCAUCAUUUUUACUGUGUUCUUCUUGUGCUUUGCCCCCUUCCACUUCAGCAGGGUCCCCUACACUCUGAGCCAAACAACUGCCCACGUGGACUGUGCCCUGCAGAAGCAGCUCUUCGUGGCCAAAGAGAGCACACUGUGGCUGGCGGCCACCAACGUCUGCAUGGACCCCCUGAUCUACAUGGUCCUGUGCAAGCCCUUCGUGCAGAAGGUGUUAUGCAGGAGAGUAAAGACCCGUCGGAGAGCAUUUUAUAGAAACCCAAAAACUGAACUGGACACACAAGUGUCUCCUACCGAGUCUUGAUUCUGAAGCUGCACACUCUGCGUGCUCACAGAGAACUUGGAAAAUAGUUUUGGUUUACCUCUGCUGGAGAAAACAAAAGGGUGGCUGCACUGUAAUAUUAAUACUUAAUAAAAACAGCAAAAUGGGUUUUCUAUGUACA